UGAAAGGAAAGACACUGAACACAGGGCUACAAAGCAAAACAUUUUUCAAAACGGCUGGCGCAGGAUCAGGAAAGGAAUAUUCCUCAAGUCCCAGGUAUUUCUGAAUGAAAGAUAUUUUUAAAUAAAGCUACCAUCUGAACUGCAAUACAUCGGCAGAAAUUCUACAUCACUGAUGGAUGACAAUUAAGUCCCUGCUGUUUAAACUCCUCCCAUGCGGCCAUAUAAAAAUUCGUCUUGUGCGAGAUUCAUUCACAGAAACGGUCUUCGACGUGGCUUGCAACCUCUUUCUUUCAAACUUCAGCUCACAUGGAAAUGAAGGAGUUUGCCCCGGACAAGAAUUUGUUGCAGAUGAGCCAGCCAGCCUUUCAAAAUGCAACAGCUGAGGUGGUGCCUCGAAUGGCAUCGAGGGCCACAGUUCCUCUGCUGCUUCUCCUGGGACUGCUUCUCAUUUUUCUCAAGCUCUCUCAAAAGAAAGCAACCUUGCCAGGUCCUUCUUUUUGCCUGGGCAUUGGACCUCUCAUCUCUUAUGGUAGAUUCUUGUGGAUGGGAAUUGGCAGCGCCAGCAAUUAUUAUAAUGAAAAGUAUGGCGGGAUAGUGAGAGUGUGGAUCCAUGGUGAGGAAACUCUUAUUAUUAGCAGGUCCUCUGCUGUCAACCAUGUGAUGAAGAAAGGUCACUACAUCUCCAGGUUUGGAAGCAAGCAUGCCCUUCAGUGCAUUGGUAUGAAUGAAAAUGGCAUCAUUUUCAAUAAUAAUCCUUCCAUCUGGAAGCAGACACGGUCUUAUUUUGCUAAAGCCCUGACCGGCCCCAUUCUCCAGAGAACUCUUGCGAUGACUGUGGAGUCUACUCGUGAUCACUUGGAGAAGCUGUUAGGAGGAAACAACAAUACCACCAAAGUCGAUGUUCUGCUCUUCCUGAGGGCCAUAACAUUAGACAUCGCCAACCGUCUAUUCCUCCGAGUGCCUCUGCAUGAGGGAGAAAUUGUGGCCAAAGUUCAGAAGUACUUUGACACCUGGCAGUCACUCCUACUGAAACCUGAUAUCUUCUUCAAAUUCAAAUGUAUGUACAAGAAGUAUGAAAAGGCUGCUCAGGAUCUGCAGGAUGCAGUAGAAGAGCUGCUACUGAAGAAGCAACAAGAACUGAGAGAUACUGAGAAAUUGCACGACAUUACUGACUUUGCAACUGACUUGAUUUUUGCACAGACACAUGGAGAGCUGACUCCAGACAAUGUCAGACAGAGCCUGCUAGAAAUUCUGAUAGCAGGACCUGACACAAUGUCAGUCAGCAUCUACUUUAUGUUGUUACUCAUAGCGCAGCAUCCCGAGGUGGAGAAGAAAAUACUGGAAGAGAUUCAGACUGUUACAGGGAAAAGGGAAGUGCAGAACAAUGACCUACAGCAGCUGAAGAUAUUGGAGAACUUUAUCAAUGAGAGCAUGAGGUACCAGCCGGUGGUGGACAUAACCAUGCGCAAGGCACUGAAGGACGAUAUGAUCGAUGGCUUCCUAGUGAAGAAGGGUACCAACAUUAUCCUUAAUUUGGGCCGCAUGCAUAAAGAUGAUUUUUUUCUCAAGCCAUAUGAGUUCAGCCUGGAAAAUUUUACCCAAAGUGUACCUCAUUGCUACUUCCGGCCAUUUGGCUUUGGUCCUCGAUCCUGUGUGGGAAAAUAUGUCGCCAUGGUAAUGAUGAAAGGUAUCUUGGUGACAAUGUUAAAGCAAUUCACGGUUCAUUCAGAUAAUGGAAACAACCUACAAAAUAUUAAAUAUAUUCACCACUUGUCCUUCCAUCCUAAUGAAUCACAGACUCUCCAAAUGACCUUUAUUCCGAGGAAUCAAGCAGAGGAUUAAAGCAGAACUCAAGUAAACUUACACUGUUUGAUAAAGAGAUGUAGAUCAACAUAAUGAACUUAAGGAAAUCAUUCCAAUAAAAUAUACCAUCUUUCCAGUAAGUUGACUCAGAAAUCAUGACUUGAAACCUAGCCAAUGCAGUUUGGAUAUUGACAGAUUAUAUAUCAAUGAUGUAUACAGUAUGUCUGAAUUUCCCAGUUCAUCGUUCUCCAAUAUACUCCCUCUUAUUUUCCACUGAUUUCUUAUCUGUGGAUCAAUGUAUUCACAAGAUCAGUGAAAAUAAUUCUAUUUACAUUAUAUACAUGAGGAACCAAUCAUUAUCCGCACAAGUACGCUGACCAGUUGCAAACCACUUGUGUCAAGGGGUUCCCUUUCUAUCCUGUUCUAAUAUGGAGUUGCACCUUGUAACAAAACCGAUCACUGCUUGCAAAUUACAGAAGUUUAUUAGCUAAUGCCCUUUAUACAUUUAAAUGUUUUUGUGUAUUUAUUAAUGUGUAUUAUUACUUUUGGAACUUUAUGGGACCGUAUAUAUGUUUAUUUGAGAGGCAUAUAGAUAACAAAAGCAAGAGCCUUUGCUGAAUAAAUCUAUGGAAAGACCAUACCAAUAAUCUCUUUCAGUUAAGUGUAUAUUAAAUAUAAAAAUAAUUAAUGUAACUACAAAAGUAGUUCAUUAAAAAUAAACACUCUCGAGAUAUUAUGAAAAAAAAACUCUUUUGUAAAGUGAACAAAACAACCUUAGUAAGGGAAAGAAAAUUAGGGAAGAGAAUAAGUUCUACUCUCACUUAUGAGACUGUACUCAAGUGUCAGGCGUCUUACAAGUCUGCACCAUGGAAAGCAGAGAAGAUGCUCUGACUUCACUGCAACUGGUGAUUGUCAUUUUCAAGCUUGCUAUGAGGUGAGGUAUGAAAUGUUUAAAUUUCAAAGAUUGAGGAAUGAAAUUGUUAAUUAAUUAUGAGAUAACAGAGUGUUUUCCAUAUUGCAUAGUAAUGUUGUAAUCUACUAUCUUACAGACCUUUUUGUACCUUUAUUAAUAACUUGGGCCAGACAGGAAUAUUCAGAGUAUUGACAUCGCCUGCUCCUCAGCAGAAGAAUGCUAAGUCUUCACGUAAACAAAACGAUGUGUUUGUGGGGCCUGCCUGUAACCUUUCCCUGAUAUCUUAGAGCAAAAUGUGUGCCAUGAUAAAACACAGUUAUCAUUGCAAAUUGGAAUUGAAUCUAAAACAAGAACACACACAAAAGGCCAGGCAGCAUCUAUGGAAAAAAGUAUGAUGUUUCAGCCCGGGACCCUUCUAAUGCUCCCGGGACCCCUUUCAUGCUCCAUUGCAGCUGAUGGGAGGGAGUCCUGCUGUAAGCUUCAACAGUCCCAUAGCCCUGAGAUUAUAUGAGGUACUCUGGGACAAGGAAGAAAUUAAAACACAAAUUGAACAAAAAACUAUUAGUAUAAUUUUAAUGUUCAACUGACUGAACUUGUCUGUCUAUGUCAUAACAGUGGCCUGUUAAUAUAAAUUUAUAAAUAAAGUUGAAAUGGAAACAA